CCCCCCUGGGCGCCGUCUCCCGGCAACCGCCCCAACAGCCGGUCCCGCAGCCAUGCUGGGCGCAGCGGGGCCGACCCCGCGGGCCUCGCCACCGCCGCUGCCGCCCGGCGACCUCCGCGGCCUCUGCGCCUGGCUGGACGGGCUCCCGCUCAGCCGUCCCAAGCGCCACCUGGCCCGGGACUUCAGCGACGGCGUGAUGCUGGCAGAGAUCGUGAAGCACUUCCGCCCCCGGCUCGUGGACCUGCAUAACUAUGUCCCCACCUGCAACACUGACCAGAAACUCAGCAACUGGAGCAUCCUCAACAGGAAAGUCUUUCACAAGCUGCGUUUGUGGGUCUCAGAGACGGAUAUCCGAAAGGUGGUGGCCAACACGCCCGGAGCCAUCGAGCCCAUCUUGUGUGCACUGAGAGAAAAAGUGACGGAUGGUGCUGCCCACCAGUGCCUGCUUGACCCGGCCGGCCCAGGACCCUCUGGCGGGAUUGCUGACAGACCACAGGCAGAGCUCACCGCCUCUCCGCACACUGGCUUGCCGGGCCCCAUGGCGCCCUCCAGUGCGAAGACCCCACAGAGUCCGAGGGCUCCAGAGAAAACAGGCCGCUGUGUGUGCACGGGUUGGGACCCAGCUGGUGGACCCUGGGGGCACCUGGACUCCAGAGUGCAGCAACUACUGGAGGAAAAGGAGCAGGCACUGGCCCUCCUGCAGGAGAUGGUCAAGAUUUUGCAGAUGAAGGUGGUCAGGCUGGAGCACCUGGUAAAGCUGAAGGACCAGCGGAUUGGAGAGCUGACGAGAGCUGGGGGCGAGCCCCAGUGACCAAGAGUGGCAGCGGAGAAAGGCUCCUCCGAGAGGCUCGAGGGGCCACCCCUCCCAAGUCCACUAGACCUUGGACUCGAGCCCACAAAGAACUCCCCCAGACCAGGGGUCCUUCUGCUUGUGGCUGUGCGCUGUCCAGCAGGCGCAGAGCGGGGACACCCAUGUACAGAGUGCUUCAGGGGGCCUCGGUGUGUGGACAUCCACGCAGUGGAGGCCGGGGGUUCCAGCCCACCCCAGAGACCUGUUUGGAUAUGAAGACCUGGUCUCAUUCCCUUGA